AAACAGCCAAACGUUCAUCAAUAGUCUUGAUCCUUCCUUCACAUCAUCUCCACUUUCCGCGGAUCUAUGUCAUCGUCAACAACCGUCCUCAAGGACGGGUGCGUUACCCGCGACGGCUUCAAGAGCGCCCACGGCCGCUUCACCACCCUCAAAACGGAACGCGUUGAUGGAUCGCGCUUACGGGAACUCUUUCUCCCUACGCUCACGCCCGAGGCAAAUAAACUUCUCUAUGAGAACAGCUAUUUCGUGCAAGCCCAGCUUCAGCACUAUGGUGUCACGUAUGCGCCGAGUGAGUUCAAGGGCCGCGGAACGAAUGUCCUCAAGAAGGCUCUUCAAGCAGGCAAGUGCGACGAGGUUCCCGCCCACAUCGUCAAACUUCAGGCGGAGAUGCACACCGAAUGGCUUGCUACUUGUUCUCCUGAAGACCUGGCCAGGCAACCCACAUGGGCGAUGGAGCGGUACUUCACCGACCUCGACGGUAAACCCGACAGAGAGAGGACGACCUACGUGGUGGGGUUUCCGCUUCCGGGGAAUAGCGCGUACCGUGUCAGCCAGCUAUGUGACGCUGCUUCUGCCGUCUCUGGCCUUUACCAGGCCAAAGCGCAAGGCGAGUUGACACGGACUGUCUACCUCGGCUGGGAUAAAGACGAGGUCCAGCAGGCGGCGGACGGACACGCGGCCGGAGAGAAGGCCAAACAGCAGGCUGCGGCCAUUGCCCGUGAGAAGCGCAUUGCCGAGCAAGCGGCGCAUGCUGCAAAGGCCAGUGGACCCCCAACAUUGGUUGGACAGUACGUGUUGGACUGCCCACAAAUCACGGAGAGGUGGAACACUCGUGGCGAAUUGACCAUGUCGAUCAACGCCACCAAAUCACGCGGACUUUACCAGGCCGACUUUGAUUUUGGCGUGAUGAAGGGCAUCAUGAUGCUCAGUGCCGAGGAGGACAAACUCGCAUGGCUUCUAGACGAGCCAUUCCACAGUGACAGUGAUGGCGGCGGCAGGUCUGCGCUGUUUCACGAGGACGGCGAAGAUGAAAGCGAUCAGCCCGAUGCCGACCAUGGCGAUGACCAAAACCGCACCAGUGCCGCAGCGGGGACCAAACGCAAGGCCAAAGGGGGUCGAGGCUCCAAGACCAAGGUCGCGAAGCGGGGAAAGACAACCAAGGUUAAGAAGACUGACCAGACCAAGUACUAUCUGGUCAUGCGCUCGGAGGACACGGGCACAGGCCAGGUUUAUCCCGAACCAACCAAGGGCUGGAUGUCGUUCCCGGCCAACCAUGCCACUUUCACCGCCGUGGUUGACAUCCCCUGCCUCGGCCAUGGUUUCAAGAUCACUGCGCGCAAGGUGGGAACGGUCCCGAACAAGCCGACAUGCCGCUGGGAGGACUUUUGCCGGGCUGUGUAUGAGGCGAGGUCGAGAUCUCGUUGGCGCUAGACUCGGGGUCCUGAGCUUAUGCCCUGGCGAUCCCCCACAGGCUCGCCAAGAACGGCGACGUGAUCAAGUUUCCGUCUUCGUUGGACUCGGCAGAGGUGAAAGGUUUGGAACGGUCAUAUACAACUUGGAAUGUGUAUGUAUGGUCAGAAGCUACCAAUUUGUGCGGAC